AUGAGCGUUAUUCCUACAGAUAAUCAAAGUGGUGUUAUCAUCAUCCCCCGGCACAUUGCAAGUGCCACUAACGAUCGGGGUAGCUCUCACCCCGAAAGGACCAUCAUGGAAGCAAACCUUCUAAAGGCAGUCCAACUUGGGGAUAAUAUACACACCGGAAACUCUGCUCCCCCUGAUUCAGUGGAACGUAGAGCCCUUCUUAUCUCGGCGCAAUACAAGGAAUUUCGCUGGGGUAUCUUGGAUGGGCCUCCCUUCGAUACAUAUGCGGUAUAUAAUAUGCUUGGGAGACCUAGAUAUAAUUUGGAUGUACCAGAGAAUAUUCGAAUCCUAUGUGAUGUUUCCGGAGUUGAUCCCAAAUCGGGUUCGUUUCCAACGAAAGAUAACAUUGUAAAUCAAAUUAAACUAAAAAGCCUUGAAUGGCUAACCAGCAACGUACGUUCUGGCGAUUAUCGUUUCAUGCAUUAUAGUGGACAUGGUGGACAUUUCCUCUCGAACGACAAGGACGGGAAACAGCUUCGUCGUCCAGGGAUAGAUAAGUGGGGAGAGGACUCGUGGGAUCCUAAGGUUGAGCCCAGGAAGGGUGACACUGAAAGAACUCCCUCCCAAAUCACUGCAGGAAGAAUUACCGAAAUAAAGGUGCUUCUGCAGGAUUUAGAGUACUAUAAGCAGGGAAUUGUUACAGGAAGCAACGACGUGAACCCCAAAAUGGAAGACUCGAACUGCUUGAUAUUUGACAAGGCAGGUGCAAUCACCAUCCAUCCUAAGCCAGAAGCCUCAAUUCCCCAAAGGCAUUGA